AUGGUGAAUCGGGGAGGAAGCGGGGGGAUUGUAUUGUUACAUUUACGGUCUUAAACCAAACCGGGACCGUUUAUUUUUUAUUUUAUUUAAUCUGUAUUUUGCAGGUUAAAUUUUGAAUCACUUCGCUGCCAUGUUCCCGUCUUGUUACUCCAAACCUGCGGACAGCGGCAGUAAGAGGAGCUCCAUCGCUAAGCUGCUGCUCGGGGUGUUUGUGGUUUAUAUGCUCCACACCGCCUGGCUGUUGUACGGUUUCUUAAACACCAAACCCUGCGAUGGAGGCAGAGGAGAGCACUGCAUCACCUCCUACCUGGCAGCCAGACCCAGACUACAGAUGAGUGUCUUUACCUGUCUCGUGCCAGACAACAGCCCCCUCCACCUUGCUGUAAAAAUAGACCCGUUCGACCCUCAUUCAACGUUCAAGCGAAAGGUGCAUGUCUCUCUGCCGGAGGAGACUCGGGCUAAUGGCACCCUCUUUGCAGUUGUUUAUGUGCACAAAGCUGGUGUCUCACCUCUGGAGGACAGCAGAGAAGUCCACUAUGCAGUUCAGCUCACCACCUACAUCAACCCCUCACACACUGAAGUCCAGAAAGACACAGAGAAGAAGCCGAGUCCCCGAUCUGGGAAUCCUGUUUCCCACUGGAGACCCCACCUGUCACUUACUGUCAUGUCAGAGGAUUUCACCUUCACCAAAGCGGGGCUUCCCAGUGAUGUGCGUCGCUACAUGAGAGUCUCUCAGGAAGGCAGGCAGAUGAUGUACCUCCCUCUGUUGCUGGUUAAUGAGCUCAACUUCCGAGUCAGAGAUCUCAUGGAGAUCAGCAGCAGCACUGUUCAGCUCCCUCUCACUGUGUCCUAUGAGGGAAUCAGUCCUGAGAGGUUCAGGUUUUGGGUCCACCUACAGGACAUGGUUUAUUCUCUGCAGCAAUUUGGCUUCACAGAAGAAAACAUCGAUGAAAUUAAAGAAACUCUGGUCGGAUCCAACCUCUACCUGUUAGUGCUGACUGCUCUUAUCACAGCUUUACAACUGAUCUGUGAGUUUCUGGCUCUUAAAAAUGACAUCAGCUCAUGGAGGAAAAAGAAGAGCAUGGCAGGGAUGUCGAGGAAGUCAGUUCUGUGGCGUAGUCUCGGUACUUUGGUGAUUUCCUCUAUCUUCUGGAGGAGGACCAGUCUGCUGGUGCUCCUUCCUGUUGGGCUGGGAGCAUGUGUGGAGGUUUGGAAGGUGUUUAAAGUGUUUAAGAUCCAGAUACAGUGUAAAGGCAACAAGCUUCAUGUUAAUAAACAGGAUGAAGAGGAGAGAAAGACAAUAGAUUACGAUACGCAGGCAUCCAGAUACUUGUCCUAUUUGGUGUAUCCCCUGUGUAUCAGCGGAGCCGUUUUCUCUCUGGCCUACUUACGUCAAAAGAGUUACUAUUCCUGGUUGAUCAACACUCUGGUGACUGGAGUGUAUGCCUUUGGCUUUCUAUCUAUGGCCCCUCAGGUCUUCAUCAACCACAAGUUAAAGUCUGUGAGUCACCUGCAGGGGACAGUGUUGAUGUACAGAGGAGUGAACACGCUGAUUUCAGAUCUGUGCUCCUGUGCCUCCUUUUUUUCUCUUCUGGACUUCUCUUCCUCCCAUCAACUUUCCUGCUUCAGAGAUGAGCUUCUCUUCCUUCUCUACCUCUACCAGCGAAGACGUUUCGCCGCUAAACCCAGAAAACGAGAGUCCGUCCUUCAUGCCAAGAAAGCGAAGAGUCAGUGAGGAGAGACAGUUCCAUCUUUUCAGGAGUGAGAGAACUCAAACGACCAGCUUUUAAAAACAGAUGUGAACUGACGAGCCUCGGGGAUGUAAAACAGAGACACAGGCAGGACGCACGCCCACGUGUGCAACAGCAGCUCCUGACUGAGUCAAACUCUGCACUGCUGCAUAUUUGUGGCGCUGCUGCUGCUGCUCUUUGCUUGGCAUUGAUGAAGCUUCCCCUUUACUGCUGCUUUGACUCAACUCAUUCAUCUAUCAACAUCUCUGCUGUACAUUUUAUGCCGGGCAACCGUUCAAAAAAGAUUUCUGCAGUAUCACAUCAGCACUUGUGAUGUGCAUUUAUUUGUUCAAUCCUCCUCUUUAUACAAACAUGAGGGAGCUGGAGUUUUUGGGUGCACUGUGAAGGAUUAAGCCUUCAACUCGAUGAUUCAGUAAUUACUCUUUCUGUCACUGAGCUUCAGAAGUUCAGAAGAAUCCUUAUGCAUCUUAUACUGAUCCUUUAUAUCCCACAUCAGCUCAUUCUUUAUCUCAAAGAAGUUAUUUUAGCCCUAUCUCUCUUCCCUAAAAGGCAGCCUUCUGCAGAGCGCAGUGGUUAUUAACCCUGCCUUGUGUGCCAUAAGAGAGAGCCUCUGCCAGCUGAUGUCUGCUCUGAAAGGGCCACUAGGAGGCAGCAAUCCUGGAAAGGGCUUAAACAUAUUACUCAGACUACAGAAUGCAGCCUCAGUCACAAUGUAGAGAGAGUAGGGUAAAAUAUAGGGGACUGUAACAACAUUUAUACUGCUACAUGAUGAGAUCUGGAUCCCCCAAACUGUCAACAUUGUUUUGCUAAUUAAACACCCCCCCCCCCCCCCCAUUUUGGUUCUCGUGUACAUCUUAAAUCUCAUGAGAAAAAGUCUAAAAGUCUUCCUAAAUUUCCUAUCAUGUGUUACAUGCUGAGUGAUUCUUGCUGUCAGUUUAAUGCAAACCAAUUUAAAGAAAAGACUGACUUUGUAAUAUUAGCAUAUAAAAAGAAGCAGAAAAGAUGAAAAACAUACAGUACAGCUGCUUCAUUAAAAGAAGUCUCUUUCUUUUCAUUCAAAACACAGCAUUAUGUCCAUCUCAAGCCGUUGCCUGUGCUCGUAGGCCUGCUGCAUCAAACUCGGUCCUGAUUUCUGACUGAACUGCUUGAACAGAAAAAUAUACUUUAAAAAUUGUUGUUUUAUUGAUUUAUUUUUUAAUGUUUUGGU